GAAGAAAUGAGCACGGCACGCGUGGAAGCACCUCCAUCGCAGCCUUCAUCUUCGACCGAGCCUGCUCCAGUGCGCGUGGAGAUGCUGGACAGCCAACCGCGUACGACCAAGGAGGAGCGGAAGCAUCGCCGGGAGUUUUUGCUGCUGCAGGCGUGUUUUAUCGUGCUUGGCAUAGGUUACCUGUUCCCCUUCAGCGCCCUAUUCCAAGCCUACGGUGAGCCUCGAGCACAAGCAGACGUAGGCACUCAUUGCAACGGUGGUGCGUGUGUGGUGCUGCAGACUACUGGCGAUGGCUGUUUGAGCAGAACAUUGAAUUUGAUCUCAAUCUGGUGGGCAGCGAAAGGAAACCAUGACGAGCUCACCGAUCUGUGCUGAGAAAGGCUCGUGUUUGUGUUGUGUUCAUUAGAUGUUUUGGCUGGUCAACAUUUUGUCGCUGUCGAGUGUGGUGCUCUUCUUCUCUCACUCCAGCAUCACCAAACGCAUCCUUGUCGGCUUUGUGGGACAGUUCAUCUGUGAGCUGCGCCUGAAGUGACGAGCUAAUGGAUGCUCACAUGAGCCCUUCCCUGUUUGCUGUGCAGGCAUUUCUUUGCUGCCUUUCACUGCCCUCCUAAAGCCGGCUGGCCAUCCGGCGGGCAACGCUCUCCUGGCCCUGCUUCUUACUCUUACCGGUGUGCUGUCGUUCAUGACCGCAUUACUUGACUCAGCCAUCCUGGCCUUCGGCGCUCAGUUCUCCCAGGACAUACAGCAGGCAUUGCAGGUAGGGACAAGACACGCAGCAGAGACGGUGCUCGACUCGAUCAUCGAUGGCCCACUGUGUCAUUCAUGUUUCCUUAAUUGUCAGGUGGGUGUUGGCGUGUCGACUCUCAUCGGUGCCAUCUAUCGAGACGUCACCAAGGCGUGCUUCUCGCGAGAUGAGGGGCUGGUCGCGUCAACCAUCCUCAACUUCGCCAUCGGAAGCGCCACUCUGAUGGGGUGCACGGCGCUGUUUGUGGCUCUGAUUCGGUCGGACCUGUACCACAAACAUCAGCUGAGAAACAGACGGAAGAGAAAGGUGGACGAGGAGGGGGGCGACCGCAUCGACGCCAUCAUCCCUAUUAACGGCAGCUCCGUCCAUACCGAUAGCACCUCGUCCACAAACUUCUCGCUGGAUGUGACGCCAUCUAGUGAGUCUGAGGUGCGUUGGCAGACGCGAACAGCCACCACUCCCUCCCUUGUAUGUCACUGUCUCGUCUUGCUGUGUACAGAGCGGCCUGAGCGCAUCACUGCUUGAGAACUCCGACCAGCCGUAUUUCGCGUUCUCUCGUCAGUCCCAGCGGAGCACGUCAUCUGGCGAGGAGACGGGUACAGCCCGCCGGGCGGACAGCACCGACAGCUGGAGCGGCCCGCAGCCGCCAAAGGCAUCCAUCGCCAUGAAAGUGGGGCCGCACCUGUGUGUGCUGAUGCUGAUCUUCGUCGUAUCGUUCGGUCUCUUCCCUGCACUGGUGGGCUGCGUCCACAUGUUUGUAUUCAUCCUGAUUGUGCGGCUGGUUCUUCAUGUGUGUUUGUGGGUUUCGUUCAUCAGAUCACAACGAUUCCUGCAUACAGCACGCUGCUCAAACCUCUCAAUAAGAGCCAGUGGUACGCAUGUCCCACACGAGAUGCCAUAGCGGCCGCCCAUCUGCGUGUGCGCCCCUGUGUGUGUGCAGGUAUCAGCUGCUGCAGCUGACGUGGUUUGCCGUCUGCGACACAAUCGGUCGGUUCCUGUGUCACAUUCGGUUUGGCCUGACCCUCAAGACGAUGCCAAUCGUCGUGUUGGCUCGGUUCGCCCUCUACCCCCUCAUGAUUGCGCUCGCCACUGGUCGGCUGGCGAGCGACCUAUUGACCACUUUGUCGGUGGCCAUUUUGGGCUUUACGAACGGACAUACCACCUCGCUGAUCAUUAUUCUGGUGCGGCAAGUGGGAGGGCAGGGCACAUGCGUGGCAUAGAUGUGCGUGAAUGAAUGGAUGGAUGUGUGACGCAGAUAACGGAGUUUUGCUCUCCCAAGGAGCGGCAGUAUGCGGCCACCCUGCAGGUACUUUCUGUCUGCCGCACACAUGCCACCGACCGAUUGAGCCAUCAUCAGCUCUUUCGUCAGCUCUUUCGUUUCUUGCCUGUCUUUGGUUGUUGCCUUGCAGAGUUUUUCUUUGAAUGCUGGUCUGUUGGGUGGGUCUGUCGUCGGUUUUGUUGUGGCAGGACUGACGGGCAUCGCGAACUGACCACUUUUUGCCUGCUCGUGCUGCUGCGCUAGUCGCACACAGAAGAUGUCUUUGUUCGUUUGUUUGUUUGCUAGUGGAGGGGGGGGAAGGGACCAGCUAUUGCUGUUGGUAGUGGUAGUGUGUUUGCAGGGUGUGCACCGCCUUUUGUCGAAUUGUGGAUAGGCGUGACGAUGGAAGCGGAAUUUGACUUUCACGACCCCCCCAAAAGCACCAGCUGGGGGAGUGCUCUACGGUACUUCGUGUGUUCGCCCGAUCGGUUCUUCCGGGGUUGCCAAUCG